AACUCCAAACAAAUUAGAAUUCAAUUUGCUAGUCUAAUCUAAAUUUUAAACCAUUCUUGAAUUCAAAUUAGAGUCAUGACACAAGAUAAUCUUCACAUUUUAGACCCUUUUCUUGAAUCAAAAAGUGUUUACAAUCAAGGCAACAAAUUAUCAACAACACUUCAACCAUACAAUGAACAAAAACAUGAUGAUAUAGAGUUUCAGACGUUUGAAAAUAUCACAAAUGACAACUUUCCUUGUUCUCCACCUUUAUGGAUGACUCAAAGGGCAUUAAGUGAAACCAAAACUCAAGCAUCUACUCCAUGUUAUGACUAUUUUGGCCAUCCUUUUCCCGGAUCAAGAUUACAGGUGAUCAAGAGUGGUAGGAGGCACCUCAUGGAGAUGAUUCAAGACUUGCCAGAGUCAUCUUUUGAACUGUCAUUGAAAGAUAUUGUUGAUGAUCAAGAAAGGAUAAAAGAGUGCCAACAAGCUACAAUAGUAGGAGGGACAAAUCAAAAGGCUAGAAUGCCACAACAGAGAAAAACUUUGAAAAGGAGUCAAAUAUCAAGAAGUGAAAGCAUGGAUAGUGGGGUUUUCUUACUGAAAAUGUUCCUCCCUACCUCUAUAGGUAGCAAGAAGAAACUAAAGACAAGGAACUACUCAAAAGUUUCAUCGAAAACAUCGGUUGAUGAAUCAGAGAAAUCUGUGAAUAAGGACUGGUGGAAGAUUAUGUAUGUAGUUAUAAAAGAGAAUAAGUAUAGCAGAAGUAUCAAGAAAAGCAUGAGUGCUAAUAGCACCAGCAAAAACAGGCUGGUUGAAAGCAACUGCACAGAGAGGAAACAAAGAGGAUGCUUCUUUUAGUUUAGCAGAACAA